AUGUGUGGUGGUAGGACACUGUUUAUGAGACAAUGUGCGUUGGAGCUUUUGGUGCAUAAUCUACACCGUUUGUUGGAGUCUGAUCCUGAUGAGAAUGCAUCUAUUUAUAAUAUGCUUUCUACAAUUGAGAAUUUGAUUGAGGUGAAACUUGAUGUGACGGUGGUGGUUUGCAAGAAGACAAAGUUGUUGAAGUGGUUGUUGGAGAAUAUUAAGAGUAGUUAUGUGAAUCAGAAGAAGGUGAGGGAGAUGAAUGGUGUCAAUGUGGUGCUUCUGGUUAUGCCGAUGUUUAAGUCGAAGGAUCCUAAGAGUUUGGAUGAGGAAGAAAUGGUGGAGAAUUUGUUUGAUUGUUUGAGUUUUUUGUUGAUGUCGUUGGAGAAUAAAGAGAGGUUUGUGAAAGCGGAAAGGGUUAAGUUGAUGAUACUUAUUAUGUAA